UUGGGCUCUAUCUCGAAGGCCAGAGUGUGGAGCAAGUGUGGCUCGCAUGGCGCUUUCGUGAAACAAGACGACGAACUGGACUUUUCAUAUGGGUAAGAAUAGCGAGAAUAUCUGCUGUUGUCACCGUUUAUUUGGCCAGAAAUGACUGACACAGAUGACGUCUGAAGCUUCUUGAUGCUUGGCUUGCGUUAGCUGCGAACUGUCCUCCAAGUAUACCAUCUGGCAAACUGGCGCUCAAAAUGCCUAGCGCAGAAGGUUUGUGGGAAGCGGACUCUGCUCAAAGCUGGUUCACAGCAUUCGCUUCUCAUACCAUCACAAAGAGUGGAGUGGACGCAAUUCUGUCGGAGGAGUCUCUCCGACUCAGCGUGCGAGAUUCAUUCGGCAAUCUCUGGAGCAGCCAGAACUCUCCUCAACCUGAGAAUCAACUAGGAGUCGUUAUCAUGAUACAUAUGCUGCUUCGCCGGAAAUGGGAUAUGGUACAGUAUUUCAGUGAAGCAGUGCACCUCAAGAUUACCUACAGUCAUAAACUAGGCGGAAGAGAGGCUCAGCAGCAACAAUACCUAGGCUCCAUACCUGAGUACGCUGAGUGGAGGGACUAUACCUGCGACUGCCUGGACCUCCUUCAUUGGGACGCUAUUGGCUUCAUAGCACAGCAGUCCAUGUUUGAGAGUCCAUCAAUCCUACAUCUGCACCUUUCCCGCUUACUCAUACUGGCACCUGUCGAGGCCCUCCUGCGGUGCGCUCAGACAAACGCAGCUGGUACGUCCAUGGACAGCCUGCCCCAUUCGAUAUACGCAUCAUCAGAAGAUCGGACUACAUGGCAUAUCACAAUUCUCUCCUGGGUUCGAGAGGACAGGUACAAAGCCCGCCUAGCUGUCAUCCACGCUGGUGCCAUCCUAUGGCACGUUAGGCGAUUCUCCUCACACCCCAUCGUGGAACCAUUCGCAGUCUUUCUGGCAGCGUUAACUCUCUGGGCUUUUGGAAACUUUGGUCCUCGACGUGAGAACACUUGCUCCAGCUUGACCUGCAGUCAACACACAGAGCGAUUCCCCUCGGGCGAGACUCCUUCGACUACCGGCCCAUCUCAUUGUACAGAUUCAUCCGACACAUCGUCACCCGCGGCUGGCAACACUAGCAUAAACAUGAAUCCUUCGCAAAAUCGUCGUCCUGCAUCCUCACGCUGCGAGGUGUCCUUGACAAAACGUCGCAUGCCACGCUUGUUACAACUUGAUCGCCCGCUAGACGACGAGUUUGUGCAAUAUUUCAUCCGAUAUGGCGGUAAUACCCAACUCUUUCUUGAAGGUGUCGAUGAUUUGUGCUCUGAGGAGGGUCCCGCCCAGAUUCUACAAGAGACAUCAAGGAUCUUGAUUGAGCAGCCCAUGUUCUGGACAAUAUCUGCGGGGUACGCGGCUCAGCUGGAUGUAAUCUCAGCCAAUACUACAUGUACUACUACCGAAGAAUUGUAAUGGAAUCUUUCUCAUGAGCGAAGGGCUUGUUUCACUGCUCGGACUCUCGUGCAAGGUACUUGGCAGAAGGAAGGAAUUGGUGCCAAUUUUGGUUGAGUGUUUGAAGCAGCAAAAGUGGAAUUUCUAAACACUAGCUCGAUUGUACAUGAAGCCAUU